AUGGUUGGCGUGCGCGUUAAACGGGUAGCCGUCAUCGGCGCCGGCCCGGCAGGGGCCAUUGCGGUGGACGCGCUGGCACAAGAAAAGGCUUUCGGCCUUAUCCGUGUGUUUGAGCGUCGCGAAGCUCCAGGAGGCUGCUGGAUUGGAGAUUCGGUCCAGCCUCCAACACUCUCUAAUUUCGCAUCUUUGGCCACAAGAACUGCUGAUUCCCCAUUACUUAUACCUGAGAAACUGCCCGCGCAGACGCCGAAGUCCGACCAGCCUCGAUUUUCUGAGUCGUCCGUUUACCCGUACCUGGAAACAAAUAUCGACUGCUUGCCCAUGCAGUUCAGCCAAGAACCUAUUCCGGAGGAGCGGAGUGAGCUCUCUAUAUCGCGCCACGGACCUGAGACCCCUUUCCGCAGGUGGGACGUGGUUCAGAGGUAUAUAAAGGGGCUUGUAGAGCGCAGGGGCUACAGUGACUGGAUUUCAUACAAUACUACAGUAGAGCGGGUUGAGAAGGUGGGAGCAGAGUGGAAAGUAAUACUCCGAGAGGAUGGAAAGCAGAGUGACUACUGGUGGGUGGAGUGGUUUGAUGCCGUUGUCGUGGCGAAUGGGCACUACUGGGUACCAUACAUACCCUCAAUAGAAGGCCUAGAAGAAUUCGAGAAGGCGAGACCGGGAAGCGUGCUUCACAGUAAGCAUUUCCGUGGACAAGCGGCGUUUGCGGGCAAACGAGUUGUCGUUGUGGGGGCAUCGGUUUCAGCGGCCGACAUCGCAUUCGAUCUUGCGGAAGUAGCAAAGGCUCCAGUCCAUGCAAUUACAAUCGGACAUGGUGCUAAUGGGUACUUUGGCGACGAAGCGUUUAACAACCCAAAGAUACAGAAUCAUCCAUCAAUAGAACGGGUUUCGAACAGGACCGUGCACCUGGUAGACGGCAAUAGCAUCACGGACGUUGACCAUAUCAUCUUCGGCACAGGCUACAGCUGGACACUGCCAUUUCUACCACAAGUUUCAGUUCGCAACAGCCGGGUCCCCGAACUGUACCAGCAUGUUGUUUGGCAAAAAGAUCCGACACUCUUGUUUAUCGGCGCCGUCGCGGCUGGUCUGACAUUCAAGGUAUUCGAAUGGCAAUCGGUUCUUGCCGCACGACUGCUUGCCGGCCGGGCCACUCUGCCACCCCUGGACGAGAUGAGGAGAUGGGAAGCAGAGCGCGUGAAGGCUCGGGGUGAUGGCGUGAAAUUCACACUGCUUUUCCCGGAUUUUGAAGACUACUUUGAGACAGUGAGACGACUAGCCGGCGAGGGAGAAGAGGGUAAAGGUCGCAAGCUGCCUAAAUUUCGCCGCGAGUGGGUGAGGGCAUUCCUCGACGGACAUGAUCGCCGCAAGAAUAUGUGGAAGAAGUUAAAUGAGGAUUCUCGGGCUGCUUUGAGGAAUACUGAGGCUAUCCAGAAGCGAUCUAAGCUUUGAGCGCAGUCAGCUUGGAUCUCAACUUAUGGUGCGUAACUCAUAUCUGGAAAGCACCAUGCCUUCGAAUGAGUCGAAGGCUAUGACUACAGUUCGACGACUUCAGUGUCUUCAAACCCUGUACAUGAUUAUCGAGCCGUUGUUAAUAAAAGAAAGCAUAAUGUUGCAGUG